UUUAUGAAAUUGGAGAUGAACCCAUAUUCCCUGCUUAAUUUCCCGCCAGAGAGAGACCGCCCCCAGAUAACUCUGCAGAAUUCCAUCCACACCGUCGACCGGCAAAUCAAAUGUCCGACAACGCCGCCGCCAUGGCAUCCACAUCCACAUCAGAUCCACGAAACACAUCGAAGAUGAAAUCCGCCGCUACCACCCUUUCCGGCGAAAACCAAACCCUCCUUGCAGAUAUCCGAAAAGCUAUGGUUACAAUGAAGGAAAUUGGGGUCAGUCUGGAGAAACAAAACAAAACCCAAAUGGUGAAGGAGCUUGAAACUGAGUUUGUGGAGUUGUUGAAAGCUUAUGAGGAGUGUGCUAAUCUUUCUACUGCGGUUGAGUCUGUUGGGAAUAUGUAUCGGCCCAGUGAACAGGUGACUGAUUUUAAGAAGCUGAUUGAUAAUGAGAUGGUGAAGACGAAACGUCGUUCGUCGGCUCCGCAAGUUAGUCAGUUGUUGCGCCAGUUUAAAGAAGCUAUAUGGAAUGUGCAUAAUUCUGGACUACCUAUGCCUGGCGAAGAACAGGAAGAUAUCGUAAUGACUAGCACACAGAAUAUCCUUUUAAACAACACUUGUCCUCUAAGUGGUAAACCCGUGACCGAACUCUCAGAACCCGUACGCAGUAUGGACUGCAAACAUAUAUAUGAGAAGUCGGUUAUCAUGCAGUACAUAAGGUCCAAGCAUGGGCAACCUAAAUGUCCAAUGGCAGCAUGUCCUAAAAUAAUUAAGGCGGAUAGAGUGGUCUGUGACCCGUUGUUACACAUUGAAAUCGAGGAAUCACGAGCAAUGAACCAACGGGCAUCCAAGCCUAAUAUCAUAGAGGAUUUCACAGGGGAUUCAGAAAAUGAAGGUUCAGAGUGAAAAACAACAACAUGAUUUGCAGUCACGUGACUCUUCCGUUGAAUCUUGACUACAGUUGUUUUGAUGUAUGAUUAUGGGAGUUGAUGUUUUUGGGGAUGCUUUGUUUCUUGUUUUUUUGAAGUGAUUAAGUUUAGAAGGUAGUGUUGAAGGUUUGGUGGUGGGCACUUUUGUUUGGCCAUUUUAGAGGGCAUACUAACAUGAAGUUGAUGUAUGUCACAUUGCCAAUCUUGGAAGAUUGUAAGAAAGUUCCAAGAAACCUCUAUAAUUGUACCUAUUUAACUGCUGUUUAAAACAUCUAAGGGUGUCCCAAAACA